AUGGCUCCCUCUCUCACCGACACCGCGCCUGUCGUUCCCAUUGUGGAAGAAAAGCUCAGCAGCAAGACCUUGCAGCGAGAGCCCAUCAAGUUCAAGAGUGCCCUGGACGCCUUCAAAUCAUUCGACGUGACGCCCAUCAUUGGAAGGGAAUUCCCGACUGCCAACCUCAAAGAAAUCCUCCGAGCCCCCAACUCCGAUGACCUCCUGCGCGACCUCGCCAUCACCGUCUCCCGGCGCGGCGUCGUCUUCUUCCGCAAACAAGACGAGCUCGACAACGACCUCCAAAAAGAACUCGUGCAGCGACUCGGCGAACUCUCCGGGAAACCCAGCACCUCAGGCCUGCACGUCCACCCGGUCAUCAACUCCGGCCGCGAACACGGCGUCAAAGACGACGAGAUCAGCGUCAUCAGCUCCGCCGAGCGCCAGAAACUCUACCGCGAUCGCAACGAGACCAAGCGCCAGAGUGCCCGCCGCGAAUGGCACAGCGAUAUCACCUUCGAGCCGAUCCCUAGCGACUAUACCAUCUUGCGCUUGACUCAGCUCCCUGAAACGGGAGGCGACACGCUCUGGGCCUCCGGCUACGAGAUCUACGACCGCAUUUCCCCUCCGUACCAGAAGUUCCUCGAGUCUCUGACAGCGACCUACGCGCAGCCCGGAUUCAACCGCAUCGCCAAAGAGAACGACUUCGAGAUCUUCACGGGGCCGCGCGGGGCGCCCGAAAACGUCGGCCACGUGCUCCAGGCCAUUCACCCGGUGAUCCGGACGAACCCGGUGACGGGGUGGAAGUCGGUGUUCGCGGUGGGCACGCACGUCGAGAAGAUCAACGACCUGGCGGAGGAAGAGUCGCGCCAUCUGCUGGACUGGUUCGUCACGCUGAUUGUGGAGAACCACGACUUGCAGGCAAGGCUGAAGUGGCAGAAUCCGAACGAUCUGGCGAUCUGGGAUAAUCGUAGCGUUUAUCAUGCGGCGACUUUCGAUUAUGUCAAUCUUGGGCCGCGGACGGGGCAUCGCGUCGUUGGGUUGGGGGAGAGGCCGUACUUUGAUCCGUUGAGUACGGGGCGGCGUGAGGGUUUGGAGAGGGAGGCAGCCAAGUGA